CCGCUGUUACACCGAUCGAGGGGCGCUCUGCCCGAGUCUAGGUUCAAGGCAUUAACGUGAGUGUGGUGGUGGUGGUAGUGUGUGAGUGAGUGAGUGUGUGUGUGUAUCCAGUGAAAAUUACCCGGAGACGGACAGAGACGUUUUUUUUUGACCGUACCAAUGUGUGUGGCCUAUAAAUAUAUGGCAUUAACCCUGGCGGAAUCAUCUCAUGGACACAACAGCAUAUCGAAAAUGAGGGAAUAAUCGGAGGAGGGGGAGACGCACGGCGAGGCUCGUCUGUAGCUACGGUUUUUCUUGAACUGCGAGUGGGAUCACAGCUGCUGGCUACGAAAAUGUCGAGAAAAAUAGAGAGCAAGCAAGACUCGCAACGGUCCCAUCUGUCCACUUUCACCAUGAUCCUGAAGGACAAGUUCCACUCUCCCAAGAUCAAGAGGACGCCGUCCAAGAAGGGCAAGCAACUGCAGCCCGAGCCGGCGGCCAAGAGCACUGAGAAACCUGCUAACAAGAAGGUCAGUAGGCUGGAGGAGCAUGAGAAGGAAGUGGUCAGCGCCCUUCGCUACUUCAAGACAAUCGUGGACAAAAUGGUGGUGGAGAAGAAGGUGCUGGAGAUGCUCCCGGGCUCGGCCAGCAAGGUGCUUGAAGCCAUCCUGCCACUGGUUCAGGUGGAGGCACGGAUACAGCACAGCUCGGCGUUGACUUCCUGCCACAGCCGCGUGUAUCAGAGUCUGGCCAACCUUAUACGCUGGGCAGACCAGGUAAUGCUGGACGGCAUCGAUUUGGAGGACAAGGAAAACGUGACGUCCGUCACCAAUGUCAUCAAAGCAGUGCUGGACGGAGUAAAGGAACUGGUGAAACUGACCAUAGAGAAACAGGAGCAUCCGUCACCCACCACCCCUAACAAGCCGGCACUGCCUGCCACAACGGCAGAGAGCACCGUGUCAUCUGAGAUGCCUUCGAUAGAUCGGGAGCCGGAAGUCUCCGCUAAGACGGCUCCAGCGGCUCCUCCCGCGGAAGCUGUCCCUGAAAUACCAGAUGAAGAUGUAGCACCACCCAAACCCCCGCUUCCUGAAGCCAAAAUGGCAGAACUCAGAGCUCAGUUGAGUGAUGCUGGCCAAAGGAGACCCUCUCAGAAGGAGAAUCCUCCGCCAGCUCUUCCCCCCAAGAAGCGCCAGUCGGCCCCUUCGCCCACUCCGGUCGCAGUGGUCGCCCCGAUGAGCCGAGGCUCCAGCCUACCAUGUAGUGACCACAGAGCGGAGUACGAGCCAGAGUUCCUUCAGAGGCGUUUCUCUGGAGGGAGCCAGUCCUACGGCGGCGACUCUCCACGUCUGUCCCCCUGCAGCAGCAUGGGAAAACUCAGCAAGUCUGAUGAGCAGCUUUCUUCCAUGGAGCAGGACAGUGGUCAGUGUUCUCGUAACACCAGCUGUGAGACGCUUGACAACACAGAGAAUUACGACCCAGAUUACGACUUCCUCCAUCAGGACCUGUCAGCGGGGGAAAACCUGCCCCCGAUACCGGUUGGAGGGUGCCUGAGCCCCCUGCCCGAGUCUCACAGCGAGUCCUCCUCCCCUGUUCCCGGACAGCACCCCUCGCACCCCCACUUCAGCGCUCCUCCGGGCCAGCAACCAGAAUACUGGACCCCCCAGCCGAACCACCCGAAUCCCUUGCAGUCCGCCCGCGUCAGCGCUCCCCCCGCCCUGCCGCUGAAGAAGCGGCGCAGCACCCAGACGUCGCCGUUCCCCGACGGGGGGUCCAGGGUGCUGUACGAGCGCUACCCCUCCCAGUACGACAACCUGUCGGAAGAGGAGCUCCACCCAACGCCGCCGUUCCCGCUUUUCACGCCCAUCUCGCCCAUGCCCCAGACCAACGGGGGCGUGUUUGUCGCCCAGUACAUCGCCAGCGAGAAUGCGGACGUCCCCGCCAGCCCACCGCCUCUGCCAGAAAAGAAAAGCAGACACAUCCUUCAGUACAUGCAGUUCGUUGAAGACUACUCCGAGCCACAGCCCUCCGUCUUCUACCAGAUGCCUCAGAGCGAGAGCAUCUACGAGCAGCGCAACAAGCGCUUCCAGGAGGUCUACGGCUUCAACGACUCCUUCAGCAGCACGGACUCGGUCCACGAGCCGCUGCUGCCUCCAGCGUUACCACCAAAACAAAGACAGCUGGCCUCCCACUCUUCUUCCCCUUCUUCCUCCUCCUCUUCUUCUCUCUCCUGCCACCUCCAGCCGUCUGUAGCGGCCAUGGAGGAGGCGGGCUCUGGGCUGGGCCUCAGCAUGUCCGUCUCUAACUCCUACCUGAUUGGCCAGGCGUCUUUGACCACACCCACGAGCUUGGACCAGGUUGCCUUGACCAAUGCCACCAUUCUGGAUGGCAGCGGGGGCGGGCCCAACGGUUCCCUGGCCGGCUCAGUGGGCUCUGUGGCUGUCUGUCUUCCUUCUGAGUCUUCUCUCACUGACUCUCUCCACACCUCAGCGAGCGAGAGCGCGAAUGACGAGGGCGGGGAGGGGGAGUAUGUCAACUUGUACUCGUCCAGCCAAGCCAAUGGGGAGCUGCCUCUCUCCCUCAGAGAAACGAUCGCUGCCGAUGAUGUGCUUCAAGACCCCACCCCUCAGAUGCCUACGGCCAAUAGCAAAGAGGCUUUGGACAAGGAAAGAAGGCAGAAGUCAACGGAAUCGUCCGGGAGCGACGAGAAAGACGUGGACGAGCUUUCCCUCAUCGACCACAAAGAGAUUAUGAGCAGGAUAACACUAAAACAAGAAAAUGACGACGGUCCUGACGUACGUGCCGGAUCAGGAGAUAUUCUAUUAGUCCACGCUACAGAAACAGACCGCAAAGAUCUCGUUUUGUACUGUGAAGCCUUUCUGACUACAUAUAGGACGUUCAUAACCCCGGAGGACCUCAUUAAGAAGCUACACAUAAGAUAUAGCACGUUCUGCCACAGUCCAGACACCUUCAAGAAGCGAGUGAGCAAGAACACGUUCUUUGUGCUGGUUCGUGUGGUGGAUGAGCUGUGCCUGGUGGAGCUGACGGAGGACAUCUUGAAACAGCUCAUGGACCUGGUGUUCACGCUGGUGUGUAACGGCGAGCUCAGCCUCGCCCGCGUGCUCCGCAAGAACAUCCUGGACAAGGUGGAACAAAAGAAGCUGCUGCGCUACACUAACUCCCUCAAGCCCCUGGCAGCCCGAGGAGUCUCUGCAAGGCCUGGAACCCUUCACGACUUCCGCAGUCAUGAGAUUGCCGAUCAGCUCACCCUCCUUGACGCUGAGCUUUUCUAUAAAAUUGAGAUUCCCGAGGUUCUGCUUUGGGCCAAGGAGCAGAAUGAGGAGAAGAGUCCCAACCUGACUCAGUUCACAGAGCACUUUAACAACAUGAGCUAUUGGGUCCGCUCUUUGAUAAUUCAGCAGGAGAAAGCCCAAGACAGAGAGAAGCUGCUCCUCAAGUUCAUUAAGAUAAUGAAGCACUUAAGAAAGUUGAAUAAUUUCAACUCGUACUUGGCAAUACUGUCCGCCCUGGACUCGGCCCCCAUCAGGAGAUUGGAGUGGCAGAAACAGACCUCAGAGGGACUGGAAGAAUAUUGCACGCUGAUCGACAGCUCCUCUUCCUUCAGAGCGUACAGAGCCGCUCUGGCAGAGGUGGAGCCUCCAUGCAUCCCGUACUUGGGUCUCAUCCUCCAGGACCUGACCUUCGUCCACCUGGGGAACCCCGACCUCAUCGACGGGAAGGUCAACUUCUCCAAACGCUGGCAGCAGUUCAACAUACUGGACAGCAUGCGGCGCUUCCAGCAAGUGCAUUACGAGCUGAAGCGCAACGAGGACAUCGUCUCCUUUUUCAACGACUUCAGCGACCACCUGGCGGAGGAGGCGCUGUGGGAGCUGUCGCUGAAGAUAAAGCCCAGAAACAUUUCCAGGCGCAAGACGGACCGCGAGGAGAAAACCUAGGGCCCCCGCGGGGCCCGUGACACUGACCUCCAACUGUGCUUCAUGACACUAACUCCACUUUACUACAGACUGAGAGAGAGGCGAAGGGAAGCUAUCCGCUGAAAGCUAAUGGGAGACUCAUUGUGGGGAAUCCGGAACAAACUAGACAACUAAAGAGUCAAGCUGAGGUUUACAAAGAGCUCUGCUGCUCUGGGAGAUUAUAAUUGGGAUUAGCGUGGCUCUGACGUUUAGACAGGGAGAGAUUCAGUGACUAUGGUGGAAUGAGAGGACGCCUGGUGCCGAGGAGGGCUGAAGGAGAAUCACAGAGCGGAGAGGGACACACUACGGAAACGACCAAAGUCUGCUCCCUGGGCUCUCUGUUUUAGAGUGGAGCUGUUGCGUGUGAUUGAGCUGAAUGGUCCAUUACUCUCAAAGUCGCACCUUCCUCUUCCUUAUGUAUAUUGGUCAUCCCCUGCAGCCCGCGCCCCCCGCUCCUCCCUCCCCGACUCACCGGGUUCCCCUCGAGCAGCAGAAUCUCGAGAGCGACCUGCCCGAACUGUGACGCCAGCACGCAGGCUGCGAGCUACGAGACUCUGCUGCCUGUGUGCGUGUGUGCGUCGGGGAGAGGAACGCGAGGGGAUUCGAACUUGAAGAGAGGAUGGCCAUUAUAGACUGGAAACUACAAGUUUUGUUUUGAAACAUUUUGUGUAAGAAUCAUGUAUGGUUAUGAAAUGUAUUAUAUACAGUGCUCCUUUUGUUCUUAAAAAGGAUGUUUAUGCUUAUUAUGAGAAGAGCUUAGCUUCUCCCGAGUGCCAUACGUAUGUGCACUAAAAAAAGAAAAAAAAGCAAAGCAAAAACACAAAAGAUAAACUUACUAAAGAUGCUGUGAUCUAUGUACGUCAUACGGAUUCAUCGAGUGCCGUGUUCAUCGAGUGUAGAGAACCGUCAGGUUGAUCACAAUCAUGUCCCCGUCACGUCGGUGCGUGAGCGAGUGUCUGCGUUGCGACUGGAGUCUUCUGUGACUUGCGUGUUUGUCUUUCCAGAAUGUGCUGUAGUUAAAUCAUUUCAAUUCCUUUUUUUUUUUUUGUUUUGUUUUUGUUUUGGGAUAAUGGUCAACACAAACCAACACAUCACACUGUGCUCUCAAGCUCCAAUAAAACCAACAGCUCUGUUUCUA